UUGUUGAGUUUGUUAGCAAUACGUUGUUUGUUGGACUCUUCUUUAACCAAAUAAGCCACCGAUUGAAGAAAGACAUGAUUUUUAGGUUUUUCCUGUGAUGGGCUUUGGAAAACUCGAGAAAUCAGUUGACGGCUAGGAUUUUAGCUCAGCUCCUCGAUGGAAAGUUGGAGUCUUUUGCGGUUUCUGAUUCGGAGUCUUUUUGGGGUAUGGUCCAUUUUAAUGGUGAUGUUGCCUGUGAAUGGCUUCAGGCCUUUGAGGCAGAGACGGUCUUGGGGUGAAGAGUGGCUUCCUAUUGGCAAGGACGAUCAAGAAUUGGGACCGUUUUCUUCUUGGAAUGUAACAGGGACCUAUAGAGGGAGUUGGAAGUUUCCAGAUUCUGCCAAUAGCUCUUCCAAGUUUGCUGAUUUUAGGAAGUCCAAUGGCAAUUCGAUACUAGAACUAAUCAGUACACCAACAAAAAUAACCGGUGUACACUAUGUGCAGGGAGUUAUAAUUUUCCAUGACGUGUUUGACAAUGAGAAUGAUGUUCACGGAGCUCGAAUCAGGGUAGAAGGUGUGUAUAUUUGGCCUUUCAGACAACUAAGAAUGGUGGCUAACAG